AUGAAUUCCUGCUGCUGUAGAUCGCAUAGCGAUCGCACGAACCCCAUGGCCUGUCUUCCUCAGCUUCCACGUCUGCAGCGGGUCCAAAGUUGUCGGCCAUUUUUGGAGGGACGAAAGGCAGCCAGCUGUUGUGUUUCGGGCGAGAGGCGAUGGGGUCAGAGAAACGGAUGUAUGAUCCAAGUGCUGGCGAAGAUGGUCAAUAAGUCGUCCAGUACGGUCUGCCAAUUUCUCCACCAAUUGACACUGCAGGUCUUUGCGAGGAUUCUAUAUCCUUUGAUGUUGGGCUGGAAUACGCUGAAGGUACCGUUUGUUAUACCCGACAUCUGUGAGCUAUACUACGGGAUAUUCGACGAAUGCGGUAACUUGAGGUGUUCCAUACCCACGAGAACGUUGCUCAUCCUGAUAUCCAUGAUCCAGUACUUUCUCAAUCUACCGAAGAGAUGUGGACAAAAUAACACGUGUCAGGGUUGCAGAAGUCAGGCAGAUGACUUGAGGAACAAUCACAGUCCCGGUUAUUGUGGCAAAAAUGCCAUGACGCCAUUCUCGGGACGGGAGAUUACGGAAAAGGGACCAUCGAAGGGAAGUGAUGUGUGGGCGGGACUUAAGCGAUUGGGAUACGAAAGACGUGGCGAUCUAGAUAGUUAUCCCUCGGAUGAGUCUAUACCAUAUGGCUAUGCACCCCAUCGAUGUCCUUGCCAGGGCGGGAAUCCCAGAACUCAGAGAUCCGGAAUUAUGAACCCGUAUGCAAAGAGAACUGGGGCCAUGAGAUCGUUGGUCUGCGCGGAGGAACUGGAAAGUCCCAUGUUAGCUUCCGAAUAUAAUCAGCAAAUUCCAAUGGCACCCAUUUCACCAAAAGCAGCUCAAAUUAUUCACAUUAAUCACAUCUCGAAUCUAUAUGCUGCAGUCGUACAAAACCAACAUACAAGACAAUUAUUUGCUGAUGGAAGGCCACCAAGACCGCGGGUAAGACCCUGCACUGAGAACCAAAACCGAUUCUCCGGAGGAUUCAUGAUGCCCGAACCCUAUUUCAAUGGCAUGCCAUGGAGUUGGCUGCACAGAGAUCCUCAGAGAACGAUACGCCUACCAAGUGGCGGUCUUCAUUUGGAAAUCCCACGAUACAGACGACAACCCUUGGACGAAGAGUACCACAGUUUUAAAAGUAAAUAUGAACACUUGAGCAGACAGGAUAAUCCCUUCAAAGAAAACAGUCUAUUGCCUUACCCAACUGAAAAUAGAUUCAACCCAGAAAAUAGGUUGCAAUCUUUAAGUUGGGACAAAAAAAUACUGAACUUUCAAAAUCAUCCAACAAAAAAUAUUUCCAAUAAUCUAAUAAUCCCAAUUAAACAACAACGAAAAAUUGAGUGGGAGCAGCUCCUUAUAAAAAGAAUUGAUGAUGCAAAGAGAACUAAGGGAACUUUUGAUUUCUGGAAUGAGAUGAUGGAGAGAAAUAAGUUUCGAACAUUUCAGCAAGCAAUUCAGGACAUACCAAAGAUUCCUUCAAAAGAGAUUGGGUAUUCUCAAUCAAGAAAAGACAGUGCCCACGUUAUAACGAAUGGAAGCAAUAACUCCCUGAGAUCGGCGAGGCAAAACCAAAAGAAAUUAGAAAUCGAAAAACCCGGGAUUUCAAAAAGGGCAAAUAAUAAUCGAGCUCAUGUUUCACCACAAAAUCGAGUAAAACCACUUUCCAGUAGCCAAGAAAAACAGACUUUAAAAAAUCACAUUGAACAACACACCUAUAAAAGUAAGUCUGUAAAUAACACUGCGCAUCUGGCAAAGAAUGAAAUAAGUCGUCAACCAAAAUAUCCUGAUCCCGAGGAUUAUAGAAAAGAACGGGCUAGAAAUCAUAAAUAUAUUAGGAAAACUGCGGGAGAAUCUGUCAUGCUAAUAAAGCCUGCAAAAAGUAUCAUAAAGAAACCUAAACCUAAAGAAACUCACUUAAAGGGCGUAAGCCAGGAUGAGUUAGAAAGCUUAAAGAAACAAUUAGAGAUGAAUACAAUUGAUAAAAGAGUUCGAUUUAGUGUACCCACACCUUACACCAAUGAAAGAGUGAUGCCAGCUGAAAGGUGUGUUCUUCUUGAAGGUGGAGAUCAGAUACCCAAGCAGUUGAGUAAGCUCCAUAGUCAAGAUAAAAGUGCUACGAAAAGUGUGUUUAGCCGAAAAUCGGGAAAGUCACCGGAACGAGGUCUUAGAAAAAAGCGAUUGCAUUCAGAAGAUGGUACAGAACUGCCCACACAUAGUAAACGAGCUGCGAUGGGUUCUCAAAAUAAAUGUCAUGGAAAUACCAAAGCAAAACCUAACAAACCACUCGGUCGAAGUUGUAAAAUUAUGCCAAAAGUAUUGUAUUCCAGAGAGGAAACACUGAAGCUAGGAAAGUAAUUGAGUUAUUUGUUAUUUAAUAUAUAUAUCGGAUUGAUGUUAUAUCCAAUAUUUACCUUAAUAAUCUAUUUGUUACUAUGCUUAAUCAACUAUUGUAUAGAGAUACCACGCCUGACCGUCUAUUAAAUUUUCGUUUGAAAAGUGUACUUGUUUAACUGAAACUAUCCAAACUCACCUAGUUUGUGAGCAAAAAGGUAAAUAUUCCCUAUUUGAUUGAAAGCCGCAACACUGCAGCACAGUUGUGGUGAAGUUGGUUGCGCUUUUCCGCAUUUCAUUUUGGCCUAGAACACCGAUAACGAUGACGAUGAUGAUGAUGUUGCGACCAAUACCUGGCCGCUGAAAAGGAUUUCUUUAAAGCAUGCUACUAAUCGAAGCUUACCUUAUUCCUCUAGAGUUGAGUUAGCUGAAAAUCUCGAGUGUUCUUGUGUUUGAGGCAUUCAGCUUUCAGCUCGUUUUUGGUUGUUUUUACUGUACUUUGGGGGCCAUAACGUGUCCCUCCCCCUCAAACUCUGUUAUAUAUGUAUGUGUGCUGAGGAGCUGAAGGCCUUGAGCCUAAAGGCAAAUGUUUUAUGUGGGUAGAGCGCAAUUUUCCGCUAAAGCCGAGAAUCGUAUUGGUAACAAGUGCCUCUCACUUUAUUGGCCCCUGGGUGGGCCUAUCAAAUUUGGCUGGUUGAGUAGCCGGGUUUCAGGAAGAAACCGAUUAGAUAUUCAUGCGAGAUUUUAGUAACAGGGCAGCCCAACUGCACUGCAUAAAUUUUAAAUAAAUUGUACGAAAUUAGCAGCUGGAAUAUGGUUUACAGAGUGAGUAACUCAGCUUAAUUGGAAAAUUGGUGUACAUAAUUUGUGGAUACACUUUAAUAACUUUAUAGUAAGCCGAAAGAUGUGGGCUUUAAUAAAUAAGGAAUACUUUGAAUUUAAUUUAUGCUAAAGAACCAGUAGAAACCAGCUCCAGUACCAAAUUUCCUCAUCAUAGCUCCGCCUGGGACCAAGUUCCUUGAGGUUACCCAACCACCCACAAAUGUUUCACCCAGAACUUCCCUUCUACCAUGUCCACUUUUCACGCACUCUCUUUCAUCCAAAGUCUUUCCCUCUUGCUCACACUGUCGCCAUGGUGCUUAUCAGUCUGAUGUGACUGUGAUGAUAAUAAUUCAGAGUCAAAUAUCUCGCGACGUCUAGUGGCCAAGUCAUGAUUUAUGGUAUUCCAUUCGAGACUUAAACAAUACGAUAAUUAUUUAUUAGAAUGGAGACCCUUCUGCAAUCCCAUCAGUACUUUGCGAGCGCAGCGGCAAGCACACAAAUAUGUGUAUAUAAAUAAUAAGUUUUUGUUUGGCUGCAAUGACUUUGCCCAGUUACUGAAUCCCGGGGCCCCUCAUGCGGCAAUUUAUAAUGUUGAGUGCCAAGCAGUUAGGAGGGAUCCUCUGUAUCUGUAUGUAUGUAUAUAUAUUUCUCUAUAAACGAUAGAAUUCAUACAUACAUAUGUAUAUAGGGAGUACCGAGAGUAGACAGACAAGAGUCGCCCUGACAAAACCAGUUGGAAAUGGCCUGGCAAACGGAAUUUAUUGCAAUGGAGUGCUGAAAACUAAAUCAUCAUCUUCCAACCAGAUCCAGUCGCAGGGUUAUCCAGAUCCAGAUGGGGGGGCCAGAACAAUUGAUACACUCUCCCCCAGCUCAUUUAAUAUUUAUGCGCAUUAAGCCGGGAACUUUUUCCAGUGGCGAAAACGCCAUUUUUGUUGGGCAAUAGUUUGCAGUUGGCCCAUGCGUAAGUAUGCGCAAAAUAAAUACAUUUUUUAUCUUCAUUUUAUUAUUUUUGGCUCUGCUGGUAGGCAUAAAUUAUGCGCAAUAUUUAACGCCUUUCAAACGCAAAAAAAAAAAAUAAAUAUAUGAAGAAAAAAAAAACGAGAUUCAGAGAAAAACUCUGCAGAAACCUUAAGCAGGCGUCUAUAAAAUAAAAGUAAAUUGGUUGUCCGGCUUUGGUUUCCCCAACAUCCGUAUCCGGGGCAUUUUGUUUUCCCAUUUUUUUUUUCUCUCAUUUUCCUUUUUUCUCCUCUAUGUAUGUAUAUUUUCUGUGCGUUUUUCCUUUGCUCGUGUCGAGUCGUUCAAGCUGUGGCAUAAUUUUUACGCAUUUGCUCGGACCCCCAGGCAAAAGUGUUGAUAAAAAAAAAAAAGAAAAAUUGUAUAAUACGAACAGGGGCGCUAGAGCAGGGUGGGCGUGGC